AAAGAGAUGUGUUAAGGAAGUAAACGAACACUGAGUGAUCAAAAUGAAAACCAUAAUCACACUCCUAUGUGCAGCUUUGCUGAUAACGUGCGUGUUUGCGGAUUCAGAAGAAUAUUGCGAGUUGAACCACAAGAAUGUUACCGCAGGCGUUUAUAGUGUGAAUUGCGUACGAUACAAGUGUGACCCUCCAAAUCUAUCAGCGCUGGCAUGCCCAGUUUAUAUAUGCGAGGAAGGGCAACAAAUAGGAGAAAAACAGAACGAUUUAACUAAACCCUACCCAGAAUGUUGUGGAGGCCCUAUUUGUAAAAAAGAUGAGUAACAAUAAUAACGACAGAUAUGUACAAUGUAGUACUUACUUGAUGUUAUAUGAUUAAAAAUAAACUAAGAAAAAAGUGUUGGUCGAAUAGUAAA